GUCAGUUGCUGCCGUCUUAUCAAUGAGAGCAAAAGAAAAAAAAAAGAAAACCGAGCCUCUGGUUUUUAAACGGCUUACCCCAUGUCCAUCGGUUCAUUAACGGGCCACUGACGCGUCUGCGGAUCAAAAAAAUCUCAAGUUUGCGCUUGACGUGCCACUGGUAGAGUCAUGACACUGAGACAAGCCAAUGGCUGCAGAAAGCUGACCUUGACCCUUUGCCUGACACUGACUCUGGGCCUGCUUCAGUUGCCAAUAAGAGAUGUUUGUGGUCAGGAUGGACUAUCUCCUGCUCAAGUCCUUCAGGAACUGCUGACACGUUAUGGCGACAACACCACCAUCUCUGUUCCACAGCUUCGAUCGCUCUUAUUGCGGUUAAAUGAAGGACAAAGUGGAGACCACAACAUACAAACACAGCCCACAAAAACCAAUGCAUCCAAGUGCUUGGCAGCAGACACUCUGGCAGUGUAUGGGAUGAGUGAGCAGUCCCAAAUAGAUGGACGAGGCCUACAGGACAUCUGCCCCACCAUGAUACAGCAGCUGGACUCACAAGCAUGCAAGACCCAAGAGGAUCAAGAGUCUGAAACAAGUCCCAGACCCUCCUAUGCAGAGGUGUGGGGGUAUGGUUUCCUGUGUGUGACAGUGAUAUCUCUGUGUUCACUUGUCGGGGCAAGUGUGGUUCCCUUCAUGAGGAAAACCUUUUAUAAGCGGUUGCUGCUGUACUUCAUAGCCCUGGCCAUUGGUACUCUGUACUCCAACGCACUCUUUCAACUAAUCCCAGAGGCAUUUGGAUUUGAUCCCAUGGAGGAUUAUUAUGUGUCCAAGUCUGCUGUUGUGUUUGGAGGAUUCUACCUGUUCUUCUUUACAGAGAAAAUCCUGAAGAUGAUCUUGAAACCAAAGGACAAGGAAGGCCAUGGCCAUAGUCACUUCCCUGCAGAGCACUAUGCCAACUCUAAUGGUGACUUGGAGGAUGGCAUGAUGGAAAAGCUGCAGAAUGGAGAAACUGGAGGAGCGGCCUUACCCAGAGUAGAAGGAGAUGCCAGAGGGGUCGGAGAAGAUGACAAAAUGCUAAGCACAGGACCUACAGUACAGGACUCUCAGAGUUCAGGUGGUGCUGGAACAGGUGGAUGCUAUUGGCUGAAGGGCCGGGCAUACUCUGACAUCGGAACUCUGGCAUGGAUGAUCACUCUGAGCGAUGGUCUCCAUAAUUUCAUAGAUGGGCUGGCUAUCGGGGCCUCCUUUACUGCCUCUGUGUUUCAGGGCAUCAGUACGUCAGUGGCAAUUCUGUGUGAGGAGUUUCCACAUGAGUUGGGUGAUUUUGUAAUCCUGCUAAAUGCUGGCAUGAGUAUUCAGCAGGCUCUGUUCUUUAACUUCCUGUCGGCGUGCUGCUGCUAUCUGGGCAUGGGCUUUGGCAUCCUGGCUGGAAACCGCUUCUCUCCUAGCUGGAUCUUUGCUCUAGCUGGGGGCAUGUUUCUUUAUAUAGCACUGGCUGAUAUGUUCCCAGAGAUGAACGAGGUCAGUCGUGAGGAAGAGGAGGCUGGAGGAAGUGGCUUUCUUCUCACUUUCGCCAUCCAGAACGCAGGGCUGCUCACAGGGUUCGCCAUCAUGCUUUUACUCACCAUCUACUCAGGACAGAUACAGCUUGGAUAGCAGUGGACCUAAAUUAAAACUCCAAACCUAAAGAACUAUCUCAGUACCUGGACUAAAACCUGAGAAUUCCUGGGCUUAACGUCAAACCUCCAGACUUAAAUAUGAACCAGCUAUGCUGGCUUGUAAUUGCCCAGCUGGACUAGGUCAAGACAUACUGUAAAUGGGCAAGUUAUGGGUUUAGUUUGGGCUCAGAUUGAAGCCUGGAUAUACGGUAAUUCUGACCAAACCCUAAACAAACUGACCCAAGCAACAACUGACCUAAGCAACAACUGACCUUUCAAAAUGUUUUAGAUACAAAACCCAGAACAUGUGGAUGGAACCUCUACCUUUCAUCUUGGUAAGGCCUUUUCUCAAAAGGAGAUUCAGGACACAAUUGUAUCCCUGUAAACUAUGAUUUCCACCACCCCAUUGUAUACGUCUGGGCAUUUGUGAUGAGUUAUAAUUUUCUAUUUUCUUUGCGUUAAAUCAAAAAGCCUUUUUCUUUUAAAUACAAGCUUUCUACAUAUUCUUUUCCAUGAAGAGUAGUCUGAUGUGUAACGCAGUAUUUGUGCAUGGGAUAUUUCCAAAAACCUGACUCGUUUUACUGCAAUUUAAAAAAAGAGAGAGAAAAAAUUCCCAUCUAAACAAACAAGUUACCAGUAGAUGGCACUCAAAACUCUAUAAUACUUAAUAUUUAUGUACUGUAGGUUAUAUUAAUGAAAGAUUACUUUGUAUUGUUAAAUUCAUUACAUGAAGAUUUAUUUUGACCUGCCGCUCUUUUUCUUGUUUGUUGACAUUAAACCGUAAUGGCAACAAAGUUGCAGAAUUGCUAUAACUUUACACAGCAAAGGUUAGUAAGUGAUUUUAUCACACUAAAAUCAUGUUAAAACUCAUAUUGCUUACGUCUUGUGGCUAUACAUUUGAAACAAUGAGUAUUUUAACAUUUAUGAACUGGCUUUCAUUGUAAGUGCCUCACUGUAACCCAGAUUUUAGCUUUUUUUUAAAGAAAAGGAGCUAAAACGACUGUAAAAAUUACGAUUUAAACAACUUUAUAGGUCAAAUAACACAUGAGUUUUAAAAGAAGAAUUAGUUUAAGUGCUUUUAUAAAAUUAUAAGCUUUAAAUUUUUGCCUUUUAAACCCUCCAAAAAUGGGCCUCUUUCACUUCCAGUGUCUCACUGUGUAACCUUGAUUUUAGUUUUUGUUAAAGAAAAUAAUUUUUUGUGGUAAUUAACAUUAUGCCACAAAUGCUGUUGAUUGAGCUUAACUUCUAUAGUACUCAGUAUAUUCCUAUAAGGUCUUAGUUUAGUUACAAAGAAGUAUUUGCUCACAAAUGUAUUAUCCUUAUAUUCAUUAUUUGCCAUGCACUAUUUAAAAAUAGUCUCAAAACCAAACAUCGAGAGUUUGAAACAAACAAAAGAUUACUACAAGACAUGCAUUUUUUGUUAUUGUUGAUUGUGUAUUUGUCUAGUUUUUACCUCUUUAUCAAAGGAGAUACCAAAUCAGUGGCAUUCCUCUAGAAAGAUCUGUUCUACUUCCUUGCAAUCUUUUAUUAAACCAAACUCUUUCCGCUCUUCUCAUUUUUAUAUCUACACUUUAACCUUGCAUAUUAAAGGGAUAGUUCACCCAAAAAUAUAAAUUAUCAUCAAUUACUAUCCUUCUUGUCAACCCAAAUGUGUAUGACUAUCUUUCUUCUG